AGCUGAGCCAUUUCCCGAACCUGGACCUGACAAUGGAACCGUGGAUGAUAGAAUGAGAGGUGGACGAAGAAAUGCAGCUCAGGUAGCCGAAAGAGCGUCGGAAGAAAUUAGGUGUGAUGGUACUUUUGGCCAUGAUCCCGACUUCGAACACAUCAUUGGGCAUGCCACCAACGGUUUUAAUGAGAGUGAUGAUCCAGUUUAUGAACGACAACAAUGGAGACCUGGGAGGCCACGGAAUUUGGAGUGAAAUUCAAGUGAUCUUGAAAAGUGUUGCGAUUGUUAUCAUACACUCGUUAUCACUGCUGAUUUACCAUCUUUUUGCUGUUAUAGGACCAAAGCUUUACUCGGUGAGAUAUUCAAAGAAGCUCCACAGUACAUGAAGGAUAUCUUCUUGGAUCCAAUCACGUCCAAAUAUUCUCGAACAAUCAAUACAAUUCUUUCGCCAUCAU